CGGCUCUGUUAAGUUGUAGUGCUAGGUUUUUGGUAUAUUUUAAAACAAACCCGAGCUUUCUAGCGUUUAAGAUAGCAACAGGAUUUGGGAAACCCGGACCCCACCUUUUUGACCAGUAAUCUACAGGUAAAACUUGUUAGACUCAAUAUUUUGAGCUGAAAUUUUUACUGUGAGAUACCUAUCAUGGGACACAACUCCCCUGAAAAUUUCAGCAAGAUUGGAUGUUCAGAAGCGAAAAUAGAAAUUAAGGUGGGGGGGGGGCCUUAAGAAAUAACUAAAGUAAACAACGUCAUUUCUAAAUGAAAAUAUUUCUUCCUUUCUGUACGACUCAGUUGAUGAAUUAGUGGAAGAAUAGAUGCGAUUUAUCUAACUGAAAAACUAACUAAUAAUUAUAAACUAAAUGCCAAUGAAGAUGUAAUUACAACUGUUCUUUAUGAGAAAGAGUGGAUCUUUGCAGUAUCUCUGUUAUUAAUAUUACUGGUUAUAAGGUAUUUAUAGUUAAUUGGUUGUUGAUGAAAAAAUAUAUUAUCAUCAAUAAUAAACAGAUUCGACAUUGAACACUUAUCUCUACUGAUCACAAUAGUAUUUGAUUAUAAAUUAUGAAUAUUGACAACAUUUAAAUGAAGAAUUAUACCCUAGUGGAAGAUCUUGCUUACUAGAUCUUUCACUUAGUCAGAGAGAGUAACAAAAACAAGUGUUAAAGUUGUAGAUGGAUACUGGAAUAGUAGAAUAUUUAAAAGAAAAAGGUGUAUUACUGCAAAUGCUAGUAACUAGCUCGUUAAAGUUUUAUUAGAAUUAAAAUUGAAUUGAAAGGAAUAGAUUAUAAAUGUUUUUACUAACUGAAUUAAGAAUAAAAUUUACCUAAGAAGUUGCUUUAUCGAUUUGUUCAGCAAAACAAAUGUUACUGUUGUUUGAAAUCAAUAUAAUUAUUCUUUUCUGAGAAUGACAUGUAAUAACAUCACAAUACUAGACCUUUUAUAGAGCUUUGGAAAAAUUGUUUGUUAAAAACAAAAAAAUAUAGAUCAAUCUUUUUUUUCUUAGGGUAAAUUUUCCUAUUGGUGGAGAUGAAUUUUUUCUUCAUUUAUGAAUCAACAACACUAUGAAAAUGAUUCAAACUUUUGUCUCCUUAGAAACAGUUUUAGGAAGUAAAUUCCUUUAUUAUAAUUAAUAUUUUCUUGUUUACUUAAAAUCGAAGAUAAAAAUCUUGUUGAUUAUUAUUUGAACUAAAACUAUUAAAUAUUUCUUUUAAUAUCUGCUGAUUAGUUGUAGAAAAAUCCGAUAUCUGCAGUUAUAAAAUAAAACAUUGUAAUUUGAGAUGUUUGUGAUUUAAAUACUUUUGAAGAGAGAGAAUUGGAAGUAUCAAUAUUCUCUUAGAAUUUACAAAUAUUAAUCAGGGCAGUAAAGGUUGAUUAAUUGUCACAAAUAGAAAUGUUUCUUUAUAAUAAGGCAUAAAUAUAAACAAAAUUCUUAUUUUAGAGAAUACAGAUAAAUUCCAUUCAGUAGUAAGUAAAUGAAGGAACAGAGUACAUUUAUCAUAAUUCUUUUUUAUCAUCGACAACAUUUUCAAAUGGGAUAAUGCUAGCUGACAGAUGAAGACUACAUAUAAAAAGGUUUUAUGGAAAAAAUCGUUUGUUCACACUAUUGCACAUGUAUUAUAUUGAACAAAGAUUUUCUUCAUCUUUAUUUUAGGAAUAAAAAAAAUUGUUUACCAUUACUUAAUAAAGUAACUCCAGGGUGUUUUUAUUGCAAAAAAAUUUCAAUGCAAGGACCAUCAUUUCCAGAAGAUCAGCCUGAAAAAGAAAAUAUUAUAUCAACAAAAUGUCGAUUUCUUCUUUGGAGUUGUGUUUUGACUCCAAUAUCAAUUAUUAUUGGUACUGUUGUAGUAAUUAUAUUGAUUCGUUAUCAAUCAUCAUUUUCAUCCAUCGAUAUAAAAUAUGACAUUGAUAUUCCAUGCAAUCCAUUAAAAUUUUCAAAUUAUGCAAGCUAUUCGACUAAAAAUGGUCCCUGGUCAAUAAGCACUGGUUAUUUAGAUGCAGAUUCUUUUCUUGAUAUUGUUGUUGCUAAUAGAGAUGAUACAACUAUUAGUAUAUUCUAUGGUUCCGGAAAUGGAAAAUUUCAAAAACAAAAAACAUAUCUGACGACUUCACAUUGCACUUAUGUUGCUGUUAAAGAUAUGAAUAACGAUAAUAAAUCAGAUAUUAUUUUGACUUAUUCUCACUCAAAUGAAAUUGCCAUUUUAAUCAAUGACGGUAACCAAAAGUUUAAUUCGCCAAUAACUUAUGCAGUUGGAUUUUUUCCAUAUUGGCUUAGUAUUUCAGAUUUUAAUAAGAAUAAUUUAUUAGAUAUUGUUGUUGUCAAUAGUCAUGAGGCUUCUGUUACUAUUUUAUAUGAUUAUUAUAAUUUAUCAUUCAAUUAUUCGAAAACAUAUACAGUCGGGAAUGAUGUUACAGCUGUAUCUGUUGCUGAUUUUAAUAAUGAUUCGUAUCCUGAUUUUGUUACUACUGAUUUUAGUGAUAAUACAAUUAGUAUUUAUAUGAAUUCUAAAAAUGGAAUGUUUAAAAAUAGAAAAAAAUAUUUCGCAGGUAUUGGUCCAUGGGGUAUUGCCACUGCUGAUUUAAAUAAUGAUAAUUUUAUAGAUAUUGUUAAUACUAAUGACAAAUUAUCUACAGUAAAUGUUUUUUUUAAUGAUGGAUAUGGAAAUUUUAAUAGACGAGAUACAUAUUAUAUUGAUGGAUAUUCAAGAUCAGUUGCAUUAGCUGAUUUAAAUAAUGAUACAUUCAUUGAUAUUAUUGCCCCAUGUUUUAAUGAUGAUUUUGUUUAUAUUUUUUUAAAUCAACAAAAUGGAAAAUUUCAAACAUAUCAAAGAUUUACUACCCAAUGGUAUGGUAUAGCUGUUACAACUGCAGAUUUUAAUCAAGAUGGAAAAAUAGAUAUUGCUCUUGCUGCUAAUUAUGAUGAUACUUUGAAUGUUCUUUUAAAUCAAUGUUAA